AUGAAUGAUUUAAUGACCAAAUCCUUCACCAGCUACGUAGAUCUGAAGAAAUCUUCCAUGAAAGACCAAGAUCUGGAAGCUGGUCCGGAUCUCGAUCUCCAGAUGCAAACAAUUCAACAACCAGAUCACAAUCUCACUUCUUUUCUCCAAGAAGCCGAGCUCGUCAAGCAGGAGAUGAACUCCAUUCGUGAAACCCUAGCUCACCUGCAAUCAGCGAAUCAGGAGUCAAAAACUCUCCACAAUCCCGAUGCGUUGAAGUCUAUCCGACGUCGUAUCAACGGUGAUAUCGUCACUGUGUUGAAGAAGGCGAAGACGAUUAAAUCACGGCUGGAGGAGAUGGAUCGAGCGAAUGCGGAGAGCAGGAGGCUGUCGGGAUGUAAAAUGGGGACGCCGGUGGAUAGGACGCGAACGGCGGUGGCGAAUGGACUGAGGAAGAAGCUUAAGGAGUUGAUGAUGGAUUUCCAAGGGCUGAGACAGAGGAUGAUGAGUGAGUAUAAGGAGACGGUUGGCCGGACAUAUUUCACGGUCACCGGCGAACAGCCUAAUGAAGAAGUGAUCGAAAAGAUCAUUUCCAAUGGAACCGACGGACAUGGCGGUGAAGAAUUCUUAUCAAGAGCCAUUCAGGAGCAUGGGCGGGGGAAGGUGUUGGAGACGGUGGUGGAGAUACAAGACCGCCACGAUGCCGCCAAGGAGAUCGAGAGAAGCCUACUAGAGCUCCACCAAGUGUUCUUAGACAUGGCAGUGAUGGUGGAAGCGCAAGGGGAGAAGAUGGACGAUAUCGAGCAUCAUGUCAUGAACGCGGCUCAUUACGUGAAUGAUGGUACUAAAAACCUCAAAACGGCAAAAGGGUACCAAAAAAGUAGUCGAAAAUGUAUGUGUUUCGGGAUCAUACUUCUUCUCAUCAUCAUACUCGUGAUCAUCAUCCCAAUCAUCACGAGUUUUAGCAAAUCUUGAGGUUGUUUAGCAAAUUAAGGCUACAUAUAUGUGUCCUGGUUAUAUAUUUCGAAUUUGAUUCGUUUUUUAUGUUUUUACUCUAUUGUAUGUUUCUUUCUAUCGAUUGAAAGUCAGAUCUAUUAAUA